CAGACCCCUAUAAAACCUCACCCCGGCCGGGCGGAUCGUGACAGUCCCGGAACAAACGCCGAGCACACGACACGUCACCACUCGCGCAAGUACAAUACCAAUAAGAAGAAAAAAAUAUUAACACGGCAAGUGGCGACAAGGAGAGAAGAUAAUACUUACGAAAAAAAUAAAAUAACCAAAAAACGAACCAUGAACUUGUCCACUGCUUUAAACAUAGCUGUCGCGGCGAUCGUGGUAAUGUGUCUAACGUGGCCCACUACGGCCCAAGUGCAUAACAUGAAUCGGUAUGGUAAACAGCAGUUGGCCCAAAAACAAUACCGAUACGGCAAUCCGACAUGGGCGAGCGGAGUUAAUCGGGCUGGCGGUUGGCCGUCAUCAUCAUACGGCAACAUGAUGAGACAUUAUCCGAUGUCGAUGGCCCGAUAUGGAGCGAUAAUGGGCGGUGGUAGACAAACGCUGUCACCAGACGACUAUUACGACAGCGAAGUUAGAUCGGUUGCGUACGACCCCAGCCCUAGACGGUACGAUCGGUUGGACUACGCUGUAGUCAGGUAUCCAACUUUUGGUGUUGGUUACGGUGGUUACGGCGGCGGUUAUGGUUAUUAUCCGGUAACCAUCGACGACGAUCUGUUGUAUGACGACGAUGAUGACGAUCGUGACCGCGACCGUGGCGACGACGACGACAGCGACGAUAUGCUGUUUGGAGAUCGCACCGGACAAAUGGCAGCAGCAACGAUCAACAGGUAUGAACCGCCUGCCACUGCAAGAUAUCCGAUGACGGACAAGAUACACAAUUUCCGGAAGGUGUUUAUGUCAAAUCUCGUGUCACCAUCUAACGCGUUCAAGUCACCUAAAGAACGACAGCUGUAUGAUUUUUGGGAAUCUCUGAUCAACGGCGAUCUGGAUGACAUGCAGCAAACCGACGAAACCAUUGGACAACAGCUCCUGGACCAAGACCGUCAACAGCAUCAGUCGCCACUGGACUAUGGGUCCCCCACUUCACUGUUGUAUCAACACCUGCCACCAAUAUUUCUCAAACUACAACAACAGCAACAGCAGAAACAGAAGUUACAGAAUCAACAGCACCUGCUAAAACAGCACUUCAAGUCGGUUGACGAACAGACACCUCCACCACCGCCACCACCACCUGCGUCAUCGUACUCAGCGCAGUCGUCGCCAUUGCAGACCGUACAACGAGGAAAUUUCUACAAACAGUGGGCAAACGGAUCGCCACUCAUUAAGAGGUCUUCGGUCGGUGGACUCAAGCCGGCUAUAUCACCGUUAUUAUCAUCAUCAUCAUCAUCAACUUUGGACAACGACGACGUACGGCAGUUGCAAGAGCUAAAAUCUAACCACGGUGCUACCAAUACGACAGCCGCGGCGACAACAAUGACCACGUCGACCACAACCACUACCACGGUCGCCGGUACGAGUACCACGGCCGCGCCAUCGCUACCCAUGGCGGAUGGAGGACAGCGAGAGGUUGUGUUGCCUAGACCGGCGGGCGAGAAGACGGAUUUGGAGAGUCUAUUAGAGGUUAUCGCCGAAGGUGGUCUUAGUAGAAAUUACGGCGAAAACGGAAAUUUGCCCAAAGAUGCCAAAGUGAAUAAGAAAAGAUCAUUUGUAUCCGAUGAGUCGUCACUGGCAGCUCAACUUGGUGCGCUUCGAAAAAAUUAAGAUGACCUUUCUAUUGUAUGAAGAAUAAAAUUUGUUAAGUUCGUCAAAUCGAAGUAUACAAAAAAAAAAAACUAUAUGAUAAUAGUAGUGUAAAUAAUAAAUUUUCUUUUUUUCAAUACGUUCGCUUAUACGUGUAAAGUCAAUUUCCUAACCAUUCUUCUUUUUUUUUUAUUUACAUUUUUUAAAAGCAUGUAUGCACUUUUUAAUUUUAUUCUCCUUCUCCGUUAAAAUACACUUAUUAUUGUUGGAUAUCACAUAAUAUUGUUUGUUUUAAUAACAUAAUUUCAUUAAGGAGCGAAGACUGAAUGAAACGAUUUAUUGUACCUAUUGUAUACACUAUACAUGCAUUUACGGUAUCUAUAAAAAAAAAAAUACAAUACAAAUAAUCACCCGUAAGCAUAAAAGCCGGUGUUUCUUGUUUAAGUAUUAAUUUUACUUUAAAUAUUAUUAUAAUUAAAUUGGCGUUCACUACCUAUAUAUUAUUAAUCCUAUUUAUAUUUUAUAUUGUCUUUAAUACUUAUAAUAUUUUGUAUGCUGCCCGUUCUUGCACUUUUAUGUAAUUCCCCUGUACAUAAAUUAUAAUGAUUACCGUGAUUUGUUUGUAAGAUUUAUUACUAAUUAAUAAUAAUUAUAGGUACAAUUCAUUAAGUACUUAUAUAUUACGUAAUAUAUAAUAUUGUAGUCAUAAAAGUAGGAUGUUAUAUUUAAAUAAAAUAUUAUCAAUAAAAACA